AUGGACGCCACUGCGCCUCAGCAGCAACCUCUGAUACCAUCUACCGAGACCCCGAAUGCUCAGAAGGUUGACAACGGACAGAUUGAUCGCGUCCUGAGACAAAAGCGGAAACAGCAUGAGUCGAGGUCUUGUGUCCCGUGCAAGCGCCGCAAAGUAAGGUGCGAUAAUAACAAGCCUUGCACAACAUGCAAGAAGCGUGGACAUCCUGAGAUCUGUGUAUACGAAGCUUCAAGGCCUUCGAGACGCGCGACUCCGGUGCAAAGAAGUGUGUAUAACACAGAGAUACCUGCUCAUCCACUGAGAUUAUCCACUGCCCCAGCAGCAUUGGGAGCUCCUGAGCCACAUCUUGAGGGAACCAACCGUCAUUCAAGCCCAUCAGAGGCCUAUUCCAUCGCAUCCAUCGCGCAGGCAAAGGCGCAGCAGACCGAUGGCGAGGAAUUGGCACGAGAUGUAGGGUCUGUAUUGGGGCUACAGAACAGUCUGGCUUCUUACCCGUUCAUGGACCUCGCGUCUUCCACUGAGCGUUGGUGUGGGUUGCUGCAGGUGAUACCACAUCGGCAAGAGAUCUUGUCGUUGUUUCCGAUCUUCCAGAUGCGGGUGUUCCCUUUCAAUCCGCUACUCGUUGAUAUGGACCAGUUUGAAUUAGACGUGCACGCUUAUUUACGAGCCUACACAGCGGGCGAGUUUAAAUCCACGACAAUUUCAAAGGAAUGGGGGAAUGAGCAAGCAAUCGGCUUGAUCAGCCUGAUUCUUGCCGUCUUAUCCAAUGCGGCACAUUUUUCAGAUCUCGUUGGACCCGACAGAUCUCGUGUCUGUUAUGAUCUUGCGCGAAGGUCUUUCCAGGCGUUGCGACUCGCGAACUUCUUGUUCCGUCCGACCCAGGAAAAUGUUCAGACAAUGUUGGUCUUGGGGAACAUGCUUCAGAACACUGGACAGUCUGAUGCAGCUUGGGCAUCGCUGGGUACCACGGCUCGCCUUGCUCAAACUCUCCACUUCCACGCUAGAGGGAACAGGAUGAACAUCCCAGAAACAGUGAAGCUCAAAGCGAGAACUUGCUGGUCAAAUAUCAUAUGGCAGGAUACUCUGCUCAGUAUGUGUCACGCUCGACGCCCAUUGGCGAUAAUAAAUGCGCCUGUACAUGUCGAUUUAGAUUGCGAGGGCUCCGAACUUACCUAUUAUGGUUUCAUGCAUGCUCUUUGUCGAAUCUCCAUAGCAGUGCUGAACAACGGUUCCCCUGACGUUGACGGCGUCACAACUAUGCUUGAGCAACUUGAUACGCUGCACCGGAAAACGAAACGCUAUUUGGAAGACCAUGAUCAAUGUAGAUCAAGUCUAGAACGCCUCCAACAUCUAGCAUUAAAGAUGCACAAGUGCUUCUUGGUCACGUUUCUGUGCCGACCAGAAAUUCGAAAUGCCAACCGCUCGUUGAACCAUCCACCAAUAACAUUGUCACAGAAACAGCUGCGCCUCCGGGAGCGUGCUGAAAACAACCUCAUCGAAGCGACGAAGACGUUCCUCGAGUUCAGCGCGGUGAGCACGGUGCCACUACGGAGCUGGUCCAUGGUGCAUACCGCGUUAAGUUCCGUAUUGCUCCUCUGCAUAUGGGAAGAGACAAGGGUGAAGCCUGAGUGUCGGUAUCUGAGGGAGAAGGUUAUUGAGGCAUUCUCGUCUCCAGAAUCCAACAACGCGGAUGAUCUGGCAUCAGCUGAUGGGGUCACCCAGUGGUUAUCGUCUAGGCACAUCCACGCGCUGGUGACUCUUAAAGAUGCAUUUACAGCUGGCGACUCCGGGUUGCAAGUUGACUACAACGCUCUGCAGGGUUGGAACAGUGCAGACCUUGGACAAUCUGGAUUUGUACCAGACCUUGAUGCUGACUGGGACCCUUUCGCUGAUUAUGCAAAUGGCUUUGAUCAAAGCGUUCCUUACGACCCCGGAGCGACGGAUAUGGGGUUGCCGGCCAUGGAAAUGUCCCCCACGAACUACCUCAACUACAUCAUGGGAGGUGCCAUUUAG